GAUUAGGACGCAGGCCAAUCAAUCAUCGACAGCCAAUGAUAUCGUUCGACCGUCUGUACGCCUUGCUGUGCAGUGCAGUGCCCUUACUGUGCCCCAUAGAAGACAUCAACUGUUGGUAGUUUUCUGUGCACUUGCCGCUUACAAUAGUUGAAGCUACCCGAGCUGACACAGCAAUGGCCGGCGUCCAAGAAGCUCGCGAAGGCGACAAGCAAGGCUGGCGGAGGCCGCAGCUGCGCGAGCGGCGUGUGCUGGUGUUCCCGCUGCCGUUCCAGGGCCACAUUAACCCGAUGCUGCAGCUGGCCGACGUGCUCCACGCGCGGGGCCUCGCCGUCACCGUGCUCCACACACGCUUCAACGCGCUGGACCCCGCGCUCCACCCGGAGUUCGCGUUCGUCUCCGUGCCCGAUGGCGUCCCCGCCGAAGUCGCCGCCACGGGGACCAUCAUCGAUAUCAUCGUCGCCAUGAACGUUGCCAUGGAGGCGUCGCCGGCCGUCGGCGAAGCCUUGGCGUCGGUGCUAGCGGACGAGGGGCAGCCCCGCGCCGCCUGCCUCUUCAUCGACGCCAACCUCCUCGCAGUGCAGAAGGCCGCCGCGGCGCUCGGACUACCGACGCUUGUGUUGCGCACCGGGAGCGCGGCCUGCUUGGGAUGCUUCUUCGCCUACCCCAUGCUUUACCAGAAGGGCUAUCUGCCUCCCCAAGAGUCGCAACUCUACAUGCCGGUGAAUGAAUUGCCACCAUUACGAGUAAGGGACCUCUUCACUUCAAGCAAAAACAGCCAUGAAAAAGUGCGCAGAGUCCUCGCUCGAAUAACUGAAACAGUGAAAUACUGCUCUGGUCUAGUCAUCAACACAUGUGAAACUCUAGAGACCACUGAGUUACAGAGGAUUCGUGAUGAGCUUGACCUCCCUGUGGUACUCGCUGCCGGCCCUCUCCACAAGCUCUCCUCUAAGAGCACCGGAAGCAGCUUACUGGACCAAGACUAUAGCUGUAUCGAGUGGCUGGACACGCAACUCUCGAGAUCCGUGCUGUACGUUAGCUUCGGGAGCUUGGCAUCCAUGGACUCCCAUGAAUUCAUGGAGGUGGCUUGGGGUUUGGCGAACAGUGGCCAUCCUUUUCUAUGGGUUGUUCGACCGGGCUUGGUACAAGAUUUGGAUGGUCUAGAUUUCCCAGAUGGCUUUGAGAUUGCAAUUGAGGGCAGGGGCAACGUGAUUCGAUGGGCACCGCAACAAGAGGUGCUAGCCCACAAUGCAGUGGGUGGAUUCUUGACCCACAGCGGGUGGAACUCGACGCUAGAGAGCAUUAGUGAGGGAGUUCCAAUGAUAUGCAGGCCCCAGAGUGCAGAUCAGAUGAUGAACGCAAGGUAUGUAGAGGACACCUGGGGCGUUGGGUUCGAGCUGGAAGGUAAGUUGGAGAGAGGAAAAAUCGAGAGUGCUAUUAGGAAGCUAAUGAAUGGGAAGGAAGGAGCUGACAUGAGGGACAGAGCAAAAGAGCUUAAGAAGAAAGUAGCAGACUGCUUGGAAAGCUGUGGGUCUUCUCAGAUUGCCGUUGACAAGUUAGUCAGCUACAUAUUAUCUCUGUGAACUUUAUGAUGUGUUCAUUGAUUUAAGCCAGCAUUGGCAGCUUAAUGGCUGAUAUUCCUAGCCAUAUUGUAUUUAUUCCCUAGUGAAUAAUUCAUAUUAAGUCUAGUGCUCUCUUCCCCCCAAAUUGCUAUGUAUUCUUGGACUCUGCAGAAUUGGGUUCAAAUAUUUUGGACAAGUGCAUUCCUGCAAGAGUUAA